AUGUUCCUCACUGUGAAGCUCCUCUUAGGCCGGAGAUGCAGCCUGAAGGUAUCAGGGAAAGAGAGUGUGGCCAUGCUAAAGAAGUUAGUGUCUGAGGAGCUGCAGGUGCCUGAGGAGCAGCAGCAUCUGCUGUUCCGUGGCCAGCUCCUGGCUGAUGAUAAGUGUCUUUCAGACUACAGCAUCGGGCCCAAUGCCUCCAUCAACGUCAUCAUGAGGCCCUUGAAGAAGCCCCAGCCCUUGUGGCACCAGCUGGAUCAGGUCCUAGCCAAACAUUUCAGGCCCCAGGAUGCCAAGGCAGUGCUGCAACUGCUGAGGCAGGAGCAUGAGGAGCGUCUGCAGCAGCUGAGCCUGGAGGCCCUGGAACAGCUCGCAUGCUAUCUCUUGGCAGAGCAGCAGCCCAUGGAGCCAGCUGAGGAGCCCCAGGAAGGGGCUUCAGAGGCCCAGCAAGCAGGAGAAGGAGGAGAUGGAGGAGAUGGAGGUGGAGGAGGAGGAGGUGGAGAAGGAGAUGGAGGAGGAGGAGCAGAAGGAGGAAGUGGAAGUACCUGA